UCCUCCUCCCUCAGUCUCUCCAUGGCUGGAUUGUGGCAGCAGCUCGGCUCCCUGCGGCAGGGUCGAGCUCUGGCUCUCCUCCACCUCAUCGGGCUUCUCUACCCACCUUUGGGUGCUCUUCCCUGGGAUACCAAAGCCGGCAAACCACCUCUGGAGGGUUUUCAUGUGGUGAAGGGGAAUUUCUCUAGGACUUUCCUUCGCAUUGGCUACCAUAAGAUUGCAGAGAUUCCUGCAGGAGCACGUAACAUCAGCAUACGGGAGACAAUAAAAAGCCGAAAUUACCUGGCUCUGCAGACCCAAAGCAGUGUCUCCAUCAUCAAUGGCAACUGGGUGAUUGACAGGCCGGGCAUCUUCACUGCUGUGGGAACACAGCUGACGUACCAACGACCCAAUGAAAUCCGCUCUCGCAAUGGGGAGUCUAUCACUGCACCUGGGCCACUGACUGAGGACCUGCAUGUUUAUUUGAUCUACCAGCAACCAGGUCCCAGUGUAUACUAUGAAUACACUGUCCCUUUACGAAACACACACCCAACUCCUGAGCCAGGUACACCUUCUGAUAUUCUGCCCCUGGUUGAGACAGUUGGGCCAUCCCACUCUGGUGAGAAGGACCACCAAGGUGGCACCACCAACAAUGAUAUCACCAAAGAGAAACCCCACCCUAACCAGGUUCCCUCUGACCCCAGCAAGAAAUCUGACCCUCAGCCCACCUACACCUGGACAAAGAGGAGGCACACAGAGUGCAGCGCGACCUGUGGUACUGGCAGGCGUCAGGUAUUCUGGGAGUGCGCUGAGGAAGAUUCCCAGGCGACUGUUCCUGCUGACCUCUGUGACCCUGCUCUUGAACCAACAAACCAGGAAGAAGACUGCAACACCCAGUCUUGUCCUGCAUACUGGGAUGUGGGGGAGUGGUCAGAGUGCAGCAGGAGGUGUGGACCUGGCACUCAGCACCGCCAGGUCAUCUGCCGCCAGGUCACUCAUGUUCACACCAAUGGGACUGAGACCUCGGUUACCGUGGCACAAGAGCUGUGUGGGUCGCACGAUAGGCCGGUGACCAAAGCUAUAUGUCAGCUAAAGAUUUGCAGCCAGUGGGAGAUCCGAUCUGAAUGGAGCCCGUGCUCAGUGCCAUGUGGAGUGGGCCAGCGCAGCAGGGAGGUGGUGUGUGUGAGCAACCAGGGUGAUGUGGAGGAGGAUAAGGAGUGCAACAUGAACCUAAAGCCAGACACACUACAGAACUGUGACAUGGGAGCCUGUGCACGCAGCUGGUUCACCUCCGUCUGGAGCCAACGGUGCUCUGCAGAGUGUGGUCAAGGCAAUCGAACCCGGAUGGCAGUAUGUCUGAUAGAUCAUGUGACUGAUCUCCCAUUGGACAGCUGCGAAGAGGAACGCCCCUCAGAAGUGACACUGUGUGACUCAGGCCCCUGUCACAACCGCCUGGAGUGGUUUACCGGACCCUGGAGUCAGUGUUCUGCAGAGUGUGGGAAUGGCACACAGACCCGGAGUGUGGCUUGUAUUCUCAACAAUAAUGGUCGUAUGGAGGCUGUGGACCAGUUAAAAUGUUCCAGUCUCCCUCAGCCAAUCACAUCUCAGCCCUGCAGACUGAAGCCAUGUGGUGUCCAGUGGUACGUCACAGAGUGGAGUGCAUGCUCGCGCAUCUGCAGUGGUGGCUACCGUGUGCGUGAGGUGCGUUGUCUUGCUGAUAACAUCACCCCAAGCGACCACUGUGACCCCAGUUUGAUCCCAGAGAGCCGAGAGGAAUGCAACAAACAAGCUUGUGUCGCUGAGAUCAAUCCAUCGUGUAGCGACCAGUAUCAUAACUGUGUGGUGGUGGUUCAAGCCCGACUCUGUGUUUACCCUUACUACAGAAGUGUCUGCUGCGCCUCCUGCUCCCGUGCCCAGGAAACAUACCCCAACUCAUUUCAAAAGAACUACAUCCGCAGGUGAUGCUGCCACAGGAAAAGUCCACUUCAUCUAGCUCUGUUUGGAGAGCACUUCAGUAUGAGGGAAUGUAGAGCAUGGUAUAUUAAUAAUAAUGAUAAACUUUAUUUAUAUUGCACCAUCCAUGCAUACAAUACAACUCAAAGUGCUUCACAUAAAAUCAGAUAACCAUAACAUUUAGAUAACAAUAAUAAUAUUCAGUCACUCAGCCUGCAACAGAUUAACUGACCAGGUAAUCUGCUGCUUUUCUCUGUUUUGUGCACUUGGCCAUAAACACUGUUGGAGUAAGAUCCUGUUUCAUCUGACUGGAUGAAGAAUAUUUUCUUCAUCUCAUGACACACACCACAAACACAUACAUCUGUGAGAAUAUCAGUAUGUUGAGGUUUAGAGUUUUCAUUCUCAGUGUAACUUUAACUCAGACUGGUCACACUUGGUGAUGUACUUACAUAUAUAUUUAUUCUUAAUAAAGGGUGUAUAACUUGUGGUACUCAGCUGUUGUUUGUUGUAUUAAUACAGUAUGUUAAUGACCAUAUUUAACACUUUGAUGCUGACAUGAUAUUGUUUUACAUCUCAAUCCCCAUAAGGGGCUUUAAGAUAAUAACAUGUCUAAAUACUGCCCAAGUCAAAAAAGGUGUCCAUGAGACCUGAAAAGCAAAAUACCAUUUUAAUAGUGACCUUAAAUAUUAAGGUCAAUUUAUAUCUGAAUGUAACACACAUGCCACAUGGGGAAUAAAGGUGGGAGUGUACAGCUGUGCCAGUUGUUGCCGGCAUGAAUCUUUUGUAUCUUAGGUACACAGUUUUUAAAAUCUGUCUUUAAACAACAGUCAGGUCCCCAUUUGUACACUGACGACGGCUGAUGUUGUCAGUGACUACAUAAACAUGCACACAUAUAUUCCCCCUUCAAUUCCAAUAUGACAACAUUCUGAAUUUGAUGCAGAUAAUAUAUACAGCAUAUUCCGUUUGGAUAUUCUGAAUUAGGCCUGUUUCCAAAUGUGGCAUUUUACAAUUAAGACAUGGGAUAUGCGGAUAUUAUUUAGGUUUUAGGAGCAUUCUUUGGACAUGUAUACAGAGCAUUUGGGAUUUGCAUCUUAAUUGGGGUUUUUUACGGCAGUUUGUGACACACGACUUCUUACCUGUUUAUGCUCAGCUCUGUGUGUUGUCAUGGAUGCCUUGUACACAAGCCAACUAACUGGGGUAGGGCUUAGGUAGAGAUGCCUGUCCAAAAGAAAAGCCCACAUUUCUGGUCAGUAGGAGAAAUACACCUACUUUUAGACAUUAUGAAAGACUUAGAUAUCAAUAGGUUUUUGUAUAUGCACAAAUUUUGCAACACUGACUUUUUCAAGAGGAUGGAUGAAGGAAUGAAAGAGACAGGUUGUGUUUGCACAGUCCAACAAGUCCGCCAUCGGUGAAAAAAUCCUUUUUUGAUGUACAGACGCAAAAUGGCACAAGCAGCUCCAGUCAUUUAACUUUUCCAUAUUUUGAUGUGAUAAACAACAUGUCAGGACAUGUUAACCAGAGCUGUAUGUAAACUGGAAUUUUAGUAAAAUAUUCAUUUUCAUUAACUAUUUAAACAGAUUAGCAGGAAUAUUGUCCUUUUUGGAAAAUUAGGGCACAACCAAAAUAUUUGGUGCAUGUAAACACAGUCAUUGUAAACAACACAGGUGCAGUGCUUGCAGGGCACAGUAAUUUAGGGGACCAGAAACUUAAAAAUUAAAGUUGGCCCUCUAAACCAAAAUGCAAAACACAUUGAAAGUAUCAUCUAACACUAGAAAACAAAUAAAUAUGCUGUCUGUUAUGGUAAAGGGUUUGUUUACAUCAGGGGUAGGGGUAGGGGUUAGACUAACCCUACCCCAGUCAGGCAUGCCUGGUUAUAUAUUUUUACUCAAAAUAUGAAUUAAUAACGGAUCCUUCCCUAAAUAUUAAUUCAUUUUGAGAUUCAUUUUAUGUUUAUGUUUUGUGAUUCCUCAUGAGUUUCACACCAAAGAUAUAUUACUGACACAUUAAUGUGUGGGCCAAGUGGCAUGUUACUAUUUGAAUUGGUUGAGUUGGAUCUUUCUUUUAUACUGUUGGGUAAUUUGAUCUAUAGCAAUAUUUCAUACACUCACAAAGUAAUUAUUUGGUCUAUGUCAGGUUUAUGUAUUUCUAUUACAUACAACAUUUCUAUUGAAUUGAGUCAAGUAAUUCUAACAUGAACUCAUGUAAGUAAGUAAAAUAAAUACAACUGAGAUGAACAGACUAUGAGAAUUUAUUUACCUAU